CAGUAUUAAUUCUGCUUAACCUCCUCUUUCCUGUGUUGCCAUGGACAUGCUAUUCCUUUGGCAACUGCGUACCUUUGUUAAUGGCCUCGGGCCCCGCCAUAGAGGAGUCCCUGAACCUUUCAUUAUACAUUCCCUUCAAGCUCACUCAUAUAAGUCUCACAUAGUCUAACUCUAAUUGCGGUCUGUUCUCUUUGGCUAUCUCCCCUCUCUCUGUGUGUUUGUCCACAAACAGAGUUCAUGAUACCAGAUGCUCACACUGGCAGAGGAUUAUGAUCAGAUUUGUGGCAGAAUUUCCUGUCAUACAAGUCAGGGCUUGAAGCGUUCUAAUUUUCAGCAGCAAUAGAAACCAGAGCUCCAAUUUAAAGAUUCAUGAGAUCCCUUAAGAAACAGAGAACAGAGUCUAAACCAGGGAAAGUGUUUCUGUGUCAGACAGAGCGGUAGGCAAGUAUGGGAGUGGUUGUUGGUGGAACUCAGGGUCAGAGCUGAGGUAGAUAUUAGUGUCUCAGCUGUUACCUGUGCUGUAAAAGAACGUGUGGGUCUGCAUAGCAGGUGGGGGACCUCCACCUGCUGAAUGAACCCUGUUAGCAUUGGGCAGUACCAUGGGCUACGGGUGGGCUCGGCCCUGUUCGGCAUUGUUGCCGGCUGCAUCAUCAUCGGGGUGUCCAGGGAAUGUGAAGCUGAUGCUGUAGGAGGAAUCUUCCUGGGAGCUGGAGGCCUUGGCUUGCUCAUUUCAAUCUAUCCCUUCAUAAAAGCUUGGCUGAAUAUCAACAACAUCCUGCCGUCUUUUGGAAACUUCAGAGUUCACCCUGAAGUUAUUGCUGAUCAACCAGCUGAGAUACUGAGGCGAGAGGGCACGCAGAGUCAACUCCAACUGGAGCACUCGAAGAGUCGAAUGGGAACCUUCGUGGAGGGAGGACCAAUGGCUGAGCCCAAUCCUGAUGAGGGUUCUGCCACACACUGACACCCACCACAUAACCCUCAUUGCCAGCGUGACUCAUGCAUUGGUCUGUUGCAGGACUUCUUCAGACAUGCCAGAUGUCUUAUCAAGACGGAAACUGAAACAGUCCCCCACUGAUCAAGAUCUUCCGUGAUGUCAUCAUGUGACACGACUGGACCAAUAGAGAUUCCAACUCUCUAAAACUGUUGUUUUAGCUGAACUGCAGAUUACAAUUGCCUCAUUGUAUGUAAACUAUGUAGUCUAAUAAACCUACAAAAAUUAAAUCAAUAUUUGUU